AACUUAUUAAAUAGAUAAGAUGUAUGAAUGCUCAGGAGUCUCGGAAUGAAUCAUUGAGUAGUUAUGUAUGUGAGCGAGUGCUCAAUUCAGAGAAGACGUGACCUGGGAGGAGACUCGCAUCAUUUUGUGGAAGAUGGAAAACUUACAGAUCAACUCAAAUUGCAGUUUGCAUCCCAAACACGAAGGAACCGCUAUUUCGGAAGAAGUAGGUUGCUCUUCCACAUCGUGUUCGGACUGGGUCUCUACAUUCUGGACAUAGUCACUGACAUCCUUGUAGUACUAGAGUACUACAAACUGGAGAGGGAAUAUCAAGAAGACAGGCGCAAUUAUGAGAAGCUAGACGAUACGAAGCCUCCGAAAUACUGGCUCUUCUAUUCGUUCCUGUUUUUCCUGGUGGUUCCUAUUAUUGUCUACAACGUCAUCAGUCUCUGUCUAUAUUUGAUAGGAGAUCUACGACUCAGAUAUUACAUCAAAUCAUGGCUGGUGCUACAUUUGAAAUCAAAGCCGUCAUCUCUCGAGAAUGUGAAAAUUCGGCUUUCAAGUUCGAAAUGGAAGAAAUAUGUGUAUUAUCCAACUAUGGUGCUGGCACACAUAUUGCUUUUGGCGCCUAUUUUUCGGCUUGUAGAAUUGAUAGUCAUCACGUUUCGCCAAGUACGAAUAAGAUCGCAGACGAAGUUCCAAUGCAGUAGGUGUAGAAAAACAUACGCAAUUAAAAGUUUGUGCUCAAAACAUGAUUCCACCGUAAACCAUUCCAAUUCUGGUUCGAAAGAGGGAUCUACGAGGAGCUUAAAUAACAAUGGAAGAAGGAGAAAAGCUCUUCGUAUGACCAAAGGGGAAGUUAGGUUGAAGUUGGCUUAUGCGGACGCCUUGCAGAGUUGGGCUGAUUGUAAAUUCCUGCAGAGCGUCAGUUCGAAUCUGGAGUCUCUCCCUCAGUUGGCAAUAGAGAUCUACGCUUUCUACAAUGAACAGUUGAUCGAGGGACAAGAAUGGAUUAACUACGUUUCGUUUUCCUGGUCUGUGCUCACUUUCUGCUACUCCAUUGCUUCCUUCAGACACAUGCCGUACGAUUACGAGGCUGUGGGCCACAGAAGAGAAGACCAAACAGACGAAGUGGACUCUGCCCACUCGCCUUCAAGCUCCACUCAUUCCUCCAGAAACACAUCACGCCAAAAUAGUCACCAGGAUCCUGCUUCAUUUGAAAAUGCGAAGGUGAUAGUGUUCGCGCAGUCGAAAUCGCAGGAAAAGCACCAGGAUCAAGUGGAUUUUUCAAUAAAUGACCAUUGUGUUGACUGCUGUUUCUCAAAAUCCAAAGUGGGAGAAAAGAACGAGUCCAUAUGUAAGAAAAUUGCCAAGUUUCCUGGAUUUAUUGCUAGCAAUGUUGUGCGGAGGAUGCCGAAGUUCUAUUUUACAGUCUGCAUGGGGCUCAUCAUAGCUCCACGUGUUCUGGCCCUCGUUAUCAUGAACACACUCAGUUUUAUCGUGUUCCUGUACGCUAGUGUGACUCACCUGUUCCUUGUGGUCAUUUGCAACAUGUUCAUGCAGAUCAGAGUGUGCUACAAUGUAUUGGAGUACAAACCGGCCACCGAGAUCGAAGACUACACUUUGGGACCUCUUACUGGGAAUCUGAUAGACGAUCGAAAUCAGACUGCCCCGGAUCGCAGACUUAGUGACAUUGAAGAAAUACUGAAUGUGACUACAGCUUCAGGAGCUGACGUUCCACUCGCCUUUGAAGAUUGGUCCACAGCUCCUGUAACGGAUGAGUCCAAACUGCCUAAUUCUCCUGCCGAUGAACACGACGGAGCAGAUCUAAGUGCACACUCAAUAGUACGCCGCCUAUCUACUGACGUUGAAUCGAUUGUUUCAAGACAGGAUCUAAUCGAAGCGGUGCGAAUGGUCAAAAUGAUGUUUCGUCUUCCUACGAUGAGCGAUGAAAUUGACGGCACUUAUGGUCCCAUAACAUUCGUGGGAACCGCAAAAAUGGAACAAAUUUCAUGGGCUUCAAAUAAGUUCCUAUGGCUAUUUGCUGGAAUUGUUCAAUUCACGUUUGAUAUCUUAAUUGCGAUUCCGUUUCUGUUCUACUUUGUUCACGUGCAAGAAUUAAAACGCAAGAGAUGGUUCACGGCUGUGUAUUACCAUAUAUGGUACCUUGAGAACAUAGUCAUUGUAGCCUUAAAUAUAGUCACUCAUGAAGUGACUUUGUUGAACCUGCUGAAUUGGCGCAGCCGUCUGCUAGGUAUGACGUGUACUGUUCUUUUCAUGCCGCUGGUCGGUUUUGCUUUGCUCAGAAUCUAUCAUGUAAAAUUCGACCCAGAAAAACGUGCCAAAUCUGAUGUCACUGACAAAACUGACUUACAAACUGAGCUGAAUCAAGAAAAUGUCUAAUCAGGGAUUUAAAUUUAUACUGUUCAAAACUUCGCACGAAUAUAUUUUUAUGUAUUAAUUGUUGUCUACAUUUGUAAAGAGGAGAUUUUACUUUGAUUACUGAUAACCCAAUU